AUGUCAUAUAGUUAUAAUAAUACUAGCGGAGGAGGAGGAGGAGGUGGUGGUGGUAGUCAUGUUUCGAGUGAAUCAAUUGCAUCACAUCAUACCUAUCAGUUGAAUCUGUCACCUAGAACAUUAAAGAAACUUGGAGAGAUAUCAUCAUCACAACAACAGCAACAGACAGCAGAGAAUACAAUCUUCCCACCAAGACAUUAUCACAGAAAACAAUUAAGAGGUGCUGCUGCAAAGAAACGAUCAUUGACAGUAACCACUCAAGCUGGUACAACCAUCGAAAUACCACCUCCACCAAUUGCAAAGUUACCUGAAUGGACUAGAAAGAGAUCAUUCCUAAAUAAUGGUUUCUUAAAUGAUUCUUUAUCUCUUACUUAUGAACCAAAUCAUCAACCUGUAAAUAGACAAUACAAUACACAUUCAUGUGCAUAUGAUACAUUUGGAAAAUAUCAAACAUCAAUACAAUCAAAUAAUGUACCUGCAUUUGAUAGUUUAUCACCAAGUCAUCAAGAGUAUUGUUUGAUGGAAGAUUUAUUGUUUGUGAUGCUUGGUAUCGAGGGCAAGAUGAUUCAUUUGGAAAAGACGUAUUCAUUGACAGAGGAUAUUGAUCAAGACCAGGAAUCAUAUCAUCACCAACAAGAUGGAGGUCUAUCAAAGGUGGUAUCUACCAUGUCGACCACCAUUACAAUGACUAAAAAGACUAUACUCGAAUCGAAUCCACCCAAAUCACCAUUGGUUGAAUUUAUCAUUGACGCUAGUGUCGAUGAGAGUCUAAUGCACUUGGUUAGAAGAAUACUACCAGUUUGUAGUUACUAUAUCUAUAUCGCUGAUUUCAUAGACACUAGAUUAAACUUUGAAUGGGGUGUCAUUUGUCAUUCACUUUGUGAAUCUAUACAAUCCCUAAUCAAAGAUUAUCAUCAAUUGGUUACUAAUCUUGAAAAUCAAUUAAAAUCAAAUACUUUAUCUUUACAAAGAAUGUGGUAUUAUAUUCAACCAACUUUAAGAAUAUUUGAAUCUGUAUAUAAUUUAUUAUAUGAAACUAUUAAAUCAAAUCUUUAUGGAUCACAAAUACUUAAUUUAUUAUUUAAUAGUAUUGCAAUUUAUGGAUGUGAUCAAACAAGUAAAGAAUUAUAUUUAUAUUUUAUUGAAUAUUGUUCAAAACCAUUUUUAAAAAUGUUAGAGGAUUGGAUUUAUAGAGGAACAGUGAAUGAUGUACAUGGAGAAUUUAUGAUUGAAGAGAAUUUGGAUUUACAAAAAGAAAAUAUAAACAAAAACUAUAAUGACAGUUAUUGGGAAAAUAGAUAUAUUGUUCGUCGUGAUCAAGCUCCUAAAUUCCUUGAAAAGGUUGUACAAAAGAUAUUACUCACUGGAAAAUACUUAAAUGUUAUAAAAGAAUGUACUCAAGGUAAUAUUAAAUAUGAAAAUGCUUCACCUUUAAUUUAUAGUCAAAAUGAAAAAGAUUAUAUUGAAAGAAUUGAUAAAGCAUAUGAUUUUGCAAGUUCAACAUUGUUAAAACAAAUGAAUGAUAUGAAUCUAUUGAAUAGAUUAAAAUCAUUAAAACAUUACUUUUUACUUUGUCAAGGUGAUUUUAUAUCACAUUUUAUGGAGAUUACAGACGAGGAGUUAAAGAAACCAUUGACUGAAAUCUCUACGGCAAGAAUGAACAGUCUUUUACAAUUGUCUCUUAGAACAUCGGCCACACUCCAAGAAGACAUCAACAAGGAUGAUUUGGAAAUCGAAUUUUUACCUCACCGACUAAGUGAUCAAUUACUUUCUAUCAUCAAUAUUGGUGAUCAAUCUCAUCAACAAAGAAAAAUGAAUGGUGGUACUAUAGAUUCAUUGUCAUCUACUACCACCACCACAACUACUUCAAACAAUACAACAGGUGGUUCAAUAGGAGGUAAACCAUUACUUGGAAUUGAAUCAUUGGCAUUUAAUUACAAAGUUAAAUGGCCAUUAUCAUUGGUCAUUAGUAGAAAGUCAUUGGUCAAAUAUCAAAUAAUCUUUAGACACUUGUUUUUAUGUAAACAUGUUGAAAAGUUACUUUGCAACACUUGGAAUCUACAUCAAGAGUCAAGACGAAAGUUUUCACACAAGCCAGGUUUGACCAGUCUGCUUUCCUUUUCUCACUUUUUCCGUCAUCGUUUGAUCCACUUUUUACAAAACCUCGAGUACUAUAUGAUGUUGGAAGUGUUGGAGCCAAACUGGAAUAGAAUGAAAGAAGCAAUCAAAAACUCGACCACUGUCGACGAAGUUAUCAAGGUGCACGAUAGUUUUCUCGAAACAUGUCUCACAGAGUGUAUGCUCACCGACACUCGUUUAGUGUCACUGUUGAUGAAGUUUUUGAACCUUUGCACGCUCGUGUCGGAUCUUAUCACCAAGUUGGUCAGCGAAGAUACAGUGUUGGUGGUUGAAGAGGUUGGUGUGACUAUUCGUCACUUUGAACAGAAAUUCCAUCAUAUUCUCAGAUUGUUGCUAGAUACUCUUAAAUCAUUCUCUACAUCGGAAUCCAACAGACACAUGAUUCAUUUAAUUACAAGAUUAGAUUAUAAUAAUUAUUAUAGUAAUUAUUUUGAACAAAAUCCAAUUGUUGUUGCAAAACAACAACCUACUCAACCGACUCAACAACCUCAACCAUCAUCAUCAUCGUCAUCUUCUACUACAAGACCACAAACAUCUCAACUAACACAACAACAAUUACAACAAUAUCAACAACAAUUACAAAUUCAACAACAACAACAAUUGGCAAGAAGAGCAUCUGGAGCUUCUUCUUCUUCUUCUUCUACUUUACCAACAUCAACAACAGGUUUGGCUACUAUUGGUAAAAAUGUAAAUACAACAACAGACAAGAAUGGUGGUACUAGUUUAAAUCCAUCACCAGAAUUAACUUCAACUACUACAACUACGACCAUUACAACUACAACCACUACCAGGUCACCUUCAAAGUCACGUGCCAAUACUUCUAGUUUUGUUCCAAAGAAAUUAGAAUCUUUUUCUUCAACUCCCGCUGCUGCUGCUGCUGCCGCUGGUUCCUCGACUCCAUCCACUUCUUUGGCGACCACCCCAUCUACUUUGUCAACAAUAACUGCAGCACCGAUCAACCCCAAUGUAACCGGGUCACCAACAACCUAUGAAUUGGAACAAAAAUUACAAAGUAUAAAGAAUAGAGCAAAACUAUCAUCUCAAUAA